UUUUAUAAUGCAAUUUUACAAAGUCGGAGAAGUGCGACCGCCCCUGCUCUCAGAUUUUGAGUAUUUUACUCAGUUAGUCAACUCUGAAGACGGUGGAUGGAAGCAACAUUACAACAAGCAUCACACAGUUGUUUCUUCGAGAUGCCAGAACAAUUCUGAAAUUAAGCUCAUUAGACUAAAAUGCGUCCUAUCAGAUGUUUCUGCUUCCGUUCUUUACGACGUCAUUCAUGAUCCAAAGUACAGAAGCGACUGGGAUAAAAUAAUGAUUGAAGGAUAUUCAAUUGGCCAGGUUUCUCCAGAUAGCGAUAUUGGAUACUAUUCACUUAAAGCUCCUCUUGCAUUUGCAAACCGUGAUUACGUUACCCAACGGGCUUGGGUAGCUGCCCAGGAUGUUUACAUAAUCUUCAAUCAUUCUGUGUUUCAUAAGGAUAUUCCUCCAAAAAAAUCAUUUGUUCGAGGCAUAUCUUAUAUUACGGGCUACUUCAUACGAGCAAUUGAUUCUAGCAGCUGCGAGAUGAUUUAUAUUACUCAGAACGACCCAAGAGGCGACAAUCUUUCAUACUUUACAGAACUGUUAUCCAACUUAUUUAUUGUGUAA